AUGGAAUCCCAGUCACCUCCCAAUUUUCUACAUAAUUCACUAAUCGCCCAAGGCAUUAGUCAAAGCAAUUCCGAUCCCAGCCGUUAUAGUACUCACUCUAAUGAAGAUUUUGAUUACAAUAAUGUAAAUAAUGUAAAAAAUUCUGAAAAUGUCGAUAAAGAGGUUAAAUCAACCCGAUUUCACCCAAAACAAUAUCAAAAUAGAAAUACAAUAAAACAUAUUAAAUUUGAUAAAACCAAUUCUAUCAAUAAUUUAACAUGGCCCAGUAAUAAAAUAGGAUCAACCAAAGAUAAUAAAGGAUUAAGUGAUUGUAAUAUAAGAUUAAGCGAAGAUGAUGUAGGAUCAAGUGAAGAUGAUAUAAGAUUAACCAAUUGUAAAAUAAAAUUGUGUAGAAAUAUAUUAGAAUAUAAAAUUCUCGAAAAAAAUAGUGAAAAAAACAGUGAAAAAAGCGAGUUUGAUAGUGAAACUCAAAACUUUAAAAAUAAAUAUACCAGAAUCAGAACGAAAUUAAGUAGAUUUAAUGACAAGAUUUGGAAAAGGAGUAAAAUAUUUAGAUGUGUAUUAUUAUGGAUUAUAAUAAGUAUAAUUUUGGGUGUUUUUAUUCCUAUAAAUAGUGAUUUGGAGAUUGAGAGUUUCGAAUUAAGCAAAUUAAAAGUAAAAUCUAAAAUCAAGCCAGUAUUUGUAUCAUUUGCAAAGGCGUCAGUUGAUGAUAAGGUAUAUUCAAGUUACGCAGAUAUGACGCUUGGAACUGAGCUAAAGGUGCCUUCUGGCACUGAGUUGAGUAAUGUGGAGGAGGUGUCACUGCUAGUGUUAGACGUUGAAGGUUUAGCAUAUAGAACAACGUUGUCUAAGAAGCUAGUUUGGGCUACAAGACUAACUGAGGAUCUGCUUCGAGUGAAGAAACCAGUUCGAACAAAACAACAAAAGGACCAAAUGUGCUCUCUAGAAGAUAUCGCGCCUAAUAACUUAAACAAAACGAAGAUCAUGACAUAUCAGAUUUUUUCAAAUUCGACCUAUUCAGGGAAAGUAAAAUCUGAAACUGAAGCAAAAACUAAUAAUAGAGAAAACUAUAAUAGAAAUAAUAAUAGAGAAAACUAUAAUAGAAAUAAUAAUGUGAUCAAUAAAUUGAAGGCGCAUUUGGUGCCGAGUUAUGAUGGUUACGUGUAUUAUGUAGACGAUUAUAACACGAAGUUGUUGCAAGUGCAUGUGAAAGAUAUUGUGAAUUACACACCGUUUUAUACACCAUUGCUAGAAGGAGUGUAUCUAGAGGGUUCAAGAAAGUCAUUGGUAAUCGCAUUGGAUCAGGAAACUGGCACGUAUAUCACAAGACAUGACCGUGAAAACGAUACGAAACAGCCUUUCUCGUUAAAUUACUUGCCCAACUACUCAGAAGGAGGUAGAGACCAGCUGCACAUCGGAGUCACAAACUGGUCAGUGAAAGCCUUCACAGAGAAGGACCACGAACACAUUUGGGAAUUUGAAUGGCUUGAAAUCGGUUCUGUACAAAAUCAGUCAAAUCAACCACUCCUAAACACACUAAAACAAUCGAUCAAAAUCGCAAACAACCGUCUGAUAAUCAAUUCCAAUAAUACUAAUGCUGAUAAUAUCAAUUAUAAUACUGGUGGUAUGAAAAAUAAUAUGGUUGGUGAUAAAUUGGAUGGAGGAUUAACGUUUCCAUUUCCAAUAACGGCAGUGUAUUAUAUAUACAAGAGUAAUCGUAGUGGUAUAUAUACGUUGGAGUUGUUGCAAAGAGUGCAUAUUCCACCGCCGCCAAACUUCCUCUACAAUCAAACUAACUCACUCCUAACCGCGUCAAACAAACUCACACACAACUCUCUAUAUAUUAGUAAUAAUAAUAUUACACUGUUCGACAAAGGAAUAAAGAGCAUUCAUAAUGAUAAGAGUAUUAAGAAUAUUCCCAAUGAUAAAAAUGUCAAGGAUACACAGAUGUAUAAAAGAGGUGUGUAUGAAAGUGGUACGUGUGAAGGUGGGAUCGAAAAUGGGAUAAUAGAAAUAGGAUCAUCAAUAAUAAAUAGUAGUAAGUUUAAACGUAACGGAGUAGGUUGCUUUGGAAGACUAGAUAAGACAACAGAUUUUGUGUUAAGAUGGUGGUGGCUGUUAAUUUCGUGGGUUUUGGCCAUGAUUUUUACACCGAUCUUUUGGCUUUACCGCAGAAUUAAGAAUUCAAGGUCUAAGAUACCAAGCGAGUUGGUGACAGAUUGGGCAGGCUCUAGAACUGAUUUGUCAGACUCGAAAAGUGAAUUGUACGACUCCUCAGACGAGUCAAACCCAGAUCCAAACCCGGAAACUCUGCACCAAAGAUUCAGAGAUGAAGAUUAUCUAGACGUCUCAAUAGAACGUAAGCUGUCAAUUGACAAAUACUCAAUUGAUGAAAAGCUUUCGGACGAUGAGAAUUUGAACCACAUUCGAAGAGUGAGAAGUGAAGGAAAUCUUGAGCUUUCAUCAAUUAAUGAUGAUUUCUCAGUCUCAGUUUGGAUGGAAGAACGUAGUCUUCUAGAUGUAAUCACGGAUAAUAGGUUAGAAUUCACCAAGAAAAUUAAUCAACUCAAGUCACAAAUACUGCCAAUACAAGAAUCCACCAAUAUUAAUACAAAUACCCACACCACUGCAACAAAUAACACUAAUGCCCCUAACACUAAUAAUACCACUACGAAGGUUAACACGAAUAAAGUUAAUACUAUUACCAAAGUUAAUGCUAGUGAAUCGAAUAAUAAUGAAGCCAAUAAAGUUGAUUAUAAAGAUAAUUUGUUGAUGCGUGAAAAUACAGUAGGAAGUUCAGUGUCAAAGGAAGAAGAAAUGUCAUUGAGUGUGAUUCCGCGUAAUAGCGUUUUGAGUAAAUUUCUCGAGAAUGGCCGUUUUCUGAGAACAUUCGAGUGUAUCAAGAUGCUUGGAAAGGGUGGAUUUGGGUCAGUUUACAGAGCAAGACAUAAGCUGGAGCCUGGAAAUCCAGUUUACGCAGUAAAGUUCGUUCUUUUAAAGCUAAAGUCCAGUGAGGAUUUAAGCUCCAGAAGGUACUUUAGAGAAGUGGCUGCAAACAGAGAUAUUUAUAGCAAACACGUAGUGAGGUACUACACCUGGUGGUGCGAAGAACCUCACUUUCUGCCACUCGCACAAAUGUCAAACCCGCUCCAAAUGGCUGCAAUUGAUAACCUACGCUUUCUGAUACAAAAUGAUAUACUUAGGUCGGAUAUUUUCAGUUCAGGCUCUGACUCGACUCUAAAAAACGGAAUGUACAACAACUACAUAAAGGAGUACAGAGAUAUUAUUUAUCAGUAUAUUCAAAACCCUCAACAGGAAGAUUUCGUACCCUCGUUUUCACAAAUUGCCCAAAUGAACAAAAAUAAACAUAAACAGUUUAUGAGUAGUUAUAAUGCGAAUAGAGAAGGAUAUGUUGUUAUGUAUACUGAAGAUAGUAACAUUCAGUUUAAGGACACCAACAAUACAAUGCCGAAUACGAGUGGUGUGAGGAAUAGCGUAAACUUCGACUUGGACAACGUGAGACGUGAUCGCAAGCUUUCAAUCAUAAACGAAUAUGAAGGCCACAACAAAAUUAGUGAUAAUAAACAAUAUCAAGUUGUCCUCCUCAUACUAAUGGAAAUGUGCAACGGACUGACACUAAGACAAUGGCUUGACAAGGCUGACCGGAACGUGACGGAAAAUGACAUGACCAAGAGAAUAGAGUUUACAUUGUUUAAGCAAAUAAUAAAGGGGCUUCGAGACAUCCAUAGGAACUGCUUCAUUCACCGAGACCUGAAGCCUGAAAACAUUUUCGUAGACGAUCGCAAUAACCUCAAAAUUGGAGACCUCGGACUCGUUGGCUUCAUUCAGGAAAAUCACUCGAACUCAUUUCAACCCAUCAAAACUGCACAACAACACCUUCUCUCUGAUGCAACACAAGUGAGUGUGAGAGGACAAGUGAUAGGAACGCCAGGCUAUACAGCACCUGAAGGAGGCGGAAAUUGCACGGAGAAGGUUGACAUAUACUCGGCUGCUCUGAUACUGUUGGAGUUGUUGUGCCCGCGCUUCAGCACCGUUAUGGAGCGUCUGGAGACGCUGGAAAAAUUCAGGAAGACCCACGAAGCGCCGGCCUUCAUAAAAAUCAAGUACAAACCGUGGUACGACCUGAUGGUCCAAAUGGCAGACAAUAACCCAGAAAACAGGCCCUCAGCAGACCAAGUGUACACACAGCUCAAAGUUAUACUAAACUCAAAUUUUUCAUAA